UCUUUCAGUCAGUGUGUGUAAUGGAGAGACACCCGGGGGUCGGAUCCGCACAGAAAAGCACCGAGAAAAUAGCUGCCAAUAUCAAAACGCUUAAACAGUAACAACAGAACCGUUUAUUUCCUAUUUCAAGAAUCAGUGAGAGCUCAAUUGCAGUGCCCGGUGGUAAUUUUUUUCCAAUAAGGAGAGAGAUAUAUAAUUUUUGAGUAAAGACAAAAGGGAGAGAGCGAGAGAGAAAAUGUCUCUCGAAAGCCUCAGCCUCACCUCCUCCAACAAGCAGUCCCCCCAAAACGAACACAACAACAUCAACCUCACUGAGUCAGGAGACGAAAGGGAAGAAGGAGAACUGGAAGAAGGAGAAUUAGAAGAUGAUGGUGAGGAAGUCGAAGCUCAAGAUGAGUCCCAGGAGAAAAUUAAAGACAAAUGUGAAAAGCAGGAACGGGAUCAUGAGGAUGAUGAGAAAGAUAAGGAUAAGGACAAAUCCCAUCGUAGGAUGAAGAGAAAACGAAAAAAAGAAAGAGAAAAAGAAAAGAAGAGGUCGAAAAAGAAACGGAAAUCAAAGCACAAGAGACAUGUAUCUUCCAGUGAUGAUUUUUCUGACUAUAGUGAUGAGUCUGACUACAGUCCUGGGGAGAAGGGAUAUCGGAAAUAUCGGGAAUACAGUCCACCAUAUUCACAGCCACCUUAUCCAUCCCCGUCAGGGGCUCCAUUACCAAAGAAGACAUAUGUGAAAGCUGAAAAGAUGAACUAUAACAUGUAUGAGGAGUAUGAGGAUGAUCAGUACGUUGACUAUGAGGAAGAGGACGAGGAAGUACCAGAUGAGGAAGAAGAAGAUUAUGAUGAUUUUGCCAAGGAGUUGAGCCAGUACAGGAAAGCAAAGGAGGCUUCUCAGCAACAGCAUCAACACCACCAGCAGCAGUCCCAUAUGCCAAUGGGACACAAUAGGGGGCGUGGAGCAUCAGGUCCUGGUCGAGGUGCUGGUAGAGGACGUGGUAUGCGAGGCAGAGGUGGCCGAGGAAGGGCUAGGGGACGGGGUGGAAGAGGAGGCAGAGGAGGAACACAUGGCCAAGUGCAUGGACCACAAGGACAUGGGUCGGGGCCAGGUCAUGGACCAUCAGAACAUGGACCUCCAGGACAUGGGCCAGGGCCUGUGCAUGGCCCCCAGGGACAUGGUCCCCCAGGUCAUGGACCAGGAUCAGGACCAGGACAUGGGCCUCCUCCAUGCCAUGGGCCUGGGCCAGGACAUGGCCCGCCUCCAUGCCAUGGACCCGGUCCAGGGCAUGGACCCCCUCCAGGUCACGGUCCCGGUCCUGGACAUGGACCUGGUUCUAAUCUUGGACCACCAGGGCAUGGGCCUGGUCCAGGGUAUGGAUCCCCUGGGCAUGGGCCUGGACCAGGACCAUCAUAUGGAUCCCCUGGUCAUGGACCUGGGCCAGGACAUGGACCACCAGGACAUGGACCACCAGGACAUAUGAUGGAUCCCAUGGGUGAAUGUGAUGAUGACCUUUAUGAUGAAGAAAUGCAGGAUUUUGGUGAAGAUAUGCAUAGGAGAAAUGUGCAUGACCUAGGACAUCAGCCGUGUGGAGAGAAGAAAGGGAAAGUACUCUGCAAAUUCUUUGUCGAGGGCAGAUGCUCAAAGGGAGACCAGUGCAAUUUCAGCCAUGAUUUAGGCCCACCAAGAAAGCGGGAGCUCUGCAGAUUUUACUACAAUGGAUUCUGUGCGAAAGCAGAAAAUUGUUUGUACAUGCACAAUGAAUUCCCUUGUAAAUUCUAUCAUACAACUGGAAAUUGUUACCAGGGUGAUGAGUGCAAAUUUUCCCAUCGACAUUUAACUGAAGAAACCAGGGAGCUUCUGGACAAGAUGCUAGCCAGUGAGGCAGAAGCUGGGGCAGAGGAUGAGAAGGAAGUGGAAGAGCUAAAAAAACAAGGAAUCACUCCCUUACCGAAGCCGCCACCUGGAGUUGGAUUGUUACCCACACCACCUCGGCCUCCAAUGCCACCACCUUCGAAUAUGCCCAAUGUCCCUCGGCCUCCCAUGAUGGGACCACCUCCCCCACCUGGUCCCCCACCACCUGGUCCCCCACCAAUAGGUCCUCCGCCUCCAGGCCCUCCACCCCCUGGACCACCAUGUCUUCCAGGCCAAAAGAAGAUCCCCUCGCUCUUUGAAAUUGUUGUUCAACCCACUCCACACCUGGCACAUAAAAUGGGAAUGAGGCCACGGUUCCCACCACCGCCCCCUGGAUUCCCAGGGCCUCCAGGACCUCCUGGGCCAUCAGGACCUCCCAUGGGUCCAGGACCUGCUCCAGGUAUGGGACCAGGUCCCAUGUCUAGCCCAGUUUCUGGACCUAUGCCAGGCCCUGGCCCAGAGGAGAUGUCUUUAGGCUCUGGAAUGAAUCCAGGACCACCAGUAGGACCAGGCCCUCCAGUAGCAUCGUUCAUGCAAGGAGAUCCAGGAAUGAUACCUCCUGCCCCUUCUGAUCCCAAUUUCUAUGAUAACUACUAUCAACAACAGGGAAUGCAGAUGGACCUUGGUCAAGAUGGAGUAGAAGGUGCUUAUGAAGAGAUGGAUGAAGGAGAUGGCCAGCCAGUUCUGCUUCCACAUAUUGAGGAAAUGGAAGGUGAAGAGACUGAAGGUGAUUCAUCCAGUCAGAAGGGCAAUGUAAAUAUUCCUGACUUUCUUCCUGCGGCCCAGCGAGCACUUUUCCUCCGCAUCCAACAAAAGCAACAAGAGGAAGAGGAGAAGGCGAAGAGGAAAGCAGAGAACAGCCAACGGGAGAAAGAAAAUGAGGAAGGUGAUGGUGAUAAUUGGUACUCAAGUGAUGAAGAGGAUGGUGGAAGCAGUAUGAGCUCCAUAUUAAAAACACUUCGUCAGCAAUCUGCUAGCAAGUCUCAAGUGCAAGCCCAGAGGAUGGUACAUAACAACAAUGGUAAUAGCCAGAAUGCUGUUGAUCCACGCCUUCAGAAAGAGAGGCAAUCAAAUGUGAAUCGACCUGUGGACCCUCGGAUUUCGAGGGACCCCCGGCUUUCUCGCAGCAUUGAGAACACAUCAGGAACUCCUGCUUCCGAUACGCUUGCUGCAGAAAGCAGGACUGUGACUGCUGUGAAGACAGAUGCCAGUAAUCAGCCGACCCCUGCUAUUGCAAAACCUCAAACCGCAAUUAAUGAGGAGGAAGGAGAGAGAAUUCUGAGAGACAGGGCUGUCGCCAUUCCUCUUGAUCCUUUGCUGGGUUCUUCACUCAGGGAUCCUAGGUGUCAGCUGAAACAGUUUAGCCACAUUAAAAUGGACAUCUCCCUAGGUAAACCUCAUUUUGCUAAAAGUGUUCUAUGGAGCCCAGAGGACUUGAUCCCUCUGCCUAUUCCUAAGCCAGAUCCUGUAGCUGCUCCUGCACCCUUCCCAGUAUUGGAUCCUCGGAUAAACCGUUCUCCACAAACUGGUCCUUCAGACCCUAGGCAGCGUAUUGCUGAUCCAGUAGUGGAGCCCCCCCAGCCAGCAGCAAGUCCUGCCCUUCCAGACUUGAGCUUAUUGUCCAGAUUACUGAAGAGUGUGGAUGCUUCAGCAACCAAGGUGACGGCACAGAGUGACAAACCUUCUGACCCCAGGAUGCGAAAGAUACCUGCGGAUCCAAGACUGCAGAGGUCCUCUACUGGACUCCAAACCUCUAACUCACAAUCUGGAAAACUUGUGGAACAAACUGAGUCCCCUGUUACCCCUUUAGGGAAGGAAUCGAGUGCUGGUCUUGCACCAUAUGAUCCCAGGUUGGUUACUGCUGGUGGUCAGAGCAGAGGAGGAGCUGGAGGACAGAGCAGUAUGCUGACUGGCAUUAGUUUGUAUGACCCAAGAACUCAGAGCACCCAGGGUGCAAAUAUCAGAAACGUAGAGUCUUCCAGUGAAGGUAACCAGCUGAAAGGGUCAGACAUCCCUAAAAGUACCACUAAGCCAAAAGAGCCAUUGUUUGUAAGAAAAUCAGCAUUGGAUCAACUGGAAAAUGAUAAGUCAAGUUCAGAAACUUCCACAGACAGAUAUAAUAGUUACAACAGACCUAGGCCAAAACUAGCCACACCUGCUGCCCCGUCACAGGAUUCAGGUCAGUCAGGAGUGCAUAGCCUCCCAGUGCCAUCUCUGUUUGGACUGAUUCACCCCCAAUUUUCUGAGGUGAAACAGGUCACUAAAUCUGGCUCAGGUAGCCCCUUUGGUGGGAACAGUCCUCACGAGGAGAGCGAGCAGGACACAACCUCCCUGAAGGAUGUUUUUAAAGGAUUUGAUCCGACUGCGUCACCGUUUUGUCAGUAAAUUGUAAAAGGACAGUGAAUUCUGCAUUUAUUUCUGUAUAUUUAACCUCAUAGCAGGGGCUGGACACAGCAUCGGGCAAUAUUUUAUCAUAUUCUUUAACUUUGUAAUUUAAUACAUCGAUAAAUGUGAAUAUGCUUAGAAAACAGGUGAUAGAAUUCAUCAAGUUGAAGUUUAGUGGGUUUGGCAGAGCAAUAUCUGAAUCCAAAAUGUGAUUCAGGCAGUGAUUCAGACUCUUCAAAAUCAAAACAAGCAAAAAUGUGCUUUUUACAGCUAUUAAUUUUGAAGCAUUCUUUCUAAAGAAAAGUCAGUCUGUCUAAUAGCAGAUGCUUGUCUGUCACAAAAUACAGAGAUCCCACUGAUUUGGACAUUUUCUUUUGACUGGACACAGUCUUUUAGAAGUAGUGCAGUAUAAUUAAACGUAUAAGUACAUAAUUGACAUCAAAUGUAUAUAUAAUAUGUUCUGAGUUGAAUGGCAAACUUGGGCAGUGACCCUUUGACACAUUCAGAUGAGUCUUGUUCUGUGGGUUCCUGAGUUUAUCUCUUCCCACUUGACCUGGGGAGGAAGAGGUUGAAGCUGGGAUUUAUCAAAUGAGUAGGCCUCCUGCAGCCUGUGCCUCACUAGAUAUUCCCAGUCUGCGAGGCAAAACUCCCAAAAAUAUUUCACAUAUAAGGCUGUGAAAUAUUCCAGAAUUAAACAAAGAACCCUAUCAGAAAUAUUGAAUAUCUUAAACAUGUAUUUUAAAAAUACACAUAUAUAUGUAUAUAAACUAUACUUUUGCUAAACUGAGGGACAUAAUAUUCAAAAAUAACAGAAUUUUUUUUAUCAAAGAUAAAGAGCUUAUAUUUAAAAAAAAGAAGCACCUGGUUGCAGCCAUGGUACCUGGUUCCCCAGAAACUGUGGCAAGAACUGAUGGUUCUUUGUUAACAUUCCUGGAACAUGUCCAAAUUGGAUACGUCUUCCAGGUUACCAAGGCUUUCUCAACUUAAGGAUUCCACUAUCCAUGAAAUUUCCACAACUGACUCCAAAUACUAUAUAUUGAAAUAUUUCUUCUGUGGAGAAAUCAUACACAAGGUGCUGCUUUGUUUUACUUUUGUUUUAGUAUCUUUAUAUGGUAAAUAUGUACAAAAUGCAGAGAAAAAGUCAAGCAUUCACAUAGUUUUAGACCUGUUUGUAUCUGUAGCUUAGACACUGAAGAAUCAGAGACUGAUGGAUUAGUGUAGAAUAAUCUGUGAAUAAAAUGCUUUUUUUUUCUGUUUGUAAGGCUCCCACAUUUCCUAAAAUUGAGAUCAGAUAAAUAGCGACAAGAUAAUUUUGGUUUAAUAAUACGUGUAAAUACAUAGGGUUUGCUGUUAAAAUUUACUUGUAACAAAGUUUCCACUAACUCUGUGUUAAUUCCUUGACCGAAUUAUUUUAUUUUUACAAUUAUUAUCGGUUCGUGCUUUUAUCCACUGGUCCAUCUGGUACGCCAAGCUAAUUUCCUGUUACAGUGCUGUAAAAUUGAUGCUUUGCUUCCUUGUCAGAUGGUUAUAACUUCUCAGAGUUGCCAAUCAAAUCCAAACAGACUAAUUACCUUAAUCGGUUUCAACAAGCCACAUCCAAUAUUGUCAUGUCUGGAGUCAGGUUAUAGAGUAAAUUCAUUCUCAGCAGAUGCUGCUAAUUUACUAGCAGAGGCGUGUUGACAAGCAAACAAGAUAGCAAGUGCAAAAUUAACCUGUCAGUGUCAGCAAGGUGUAGAACUUGUCAACAAGAUUUAUAUUAUGAUCAGCUAAUGUGUUGACUGUUAGCUUUGGGGUUUAACAUUGCAGGGUUAAUAUUUAGGAUUAUGUGAUAGAGAAAUAUGAAUAAAAAGGUUCAAGUAAAGCUGAAGUAUUCACCUUGUGGUGGAAAGAAGGACGGUGCAUUCUGGUGAGUUAAUCUUGGAUGUACUCAAUGCAACAUAGAUAUGACCUAGGGCAAAAUGGAAUGGGUUUUGUUUUGUUGGGCUGCGUUAAAAUCCUGUAGUGUUACAUAUACAAUAAAUAAUUUAAUAAUGUGGAUUUCGACCUGA